CUCUCUCUGUGCGCACUGCAUUACUGCGUCGUACUAAUACUACUACUGGGUUCCUCUUGCUAUGUCCAUUUCACUUCGUUUUUCGCUGCAACAGCAAUAAGUUCUCACCUUUGAGACAAAUUUGUUUUCUUUUUUCUUUUUCUUUUCAAAAUAAAGAAAAAAGAGAAGAAGAAAAAGAAAGAAAAAUACUAAUGGCUGCCGCCGGUGCUGCUCCGGCAGGGCGGUCUUCGAACGUGCCGUCGCUGCCGCCGCCGUGUCCGAAGUCCCCACCGGCGUAUCCGGAUUUGUACGGGAAGCGCCGGGAAAUGGCCAAAGUUCAGAUGCUUGAGAGGGAGAUUGGUUUUCUUCAGGAAGAAUUGAAAUCUGCGGAGCGAAUUCAACCCUCUUCGAGAUGUUGCAAAGAGAUAACUGAAUUUGUGGUGUCAAAUCCUGAUCCUUUAAUACCAACAAAUCGGAAAAAGCGCCGUUCAUGUCGUUUCUGGAAAUGGCUCUGUCGAAUCCCGUGCUUCAACUUUUCAUGGAUUUGCUGUUGCUGCUCUCCCGGAUGCUGCUCAUGCUGCGCCAUUCACCUAGAAAUGCCGCGCUGCUGUGACUGCAACUGCAGUCCGUGCCAUUGCCUGAAGUGCUGCAGUUGCCCUUCGUGUUUCACUUGUGCGUUACCAAAGUGGUGUUGCUGCCGGAGCAGCUGCUGCUGCUGCUGCUGCUCAUGCCCCCGAUCAAAUUGCUGUAAAAACAUCUCGUGCAGCAGAAUUGCUGCAUUUUUUCCACCUGUUCACGCCCUGAUUGCUCUUCCUGCAAAUGCAAAUGCAAAUGCUCAUGCACUUGUCCUACAUGUCUAUAGGCUUUUUGAUGGUUGAGUUGAAAAACUAAAGCUACACGACAGGCCCAUGUUCGAGGCUGAUUCCCUUGUAAUGAGUGUUUCAGUAGAAAUCCAACACACAGCCCAAGGGUGUAGGGCAGAUGUUCAUGUAGUGUUUCACUUCCGUUUCUAUAUAUAGAAGGAUGCAAAAUGAAAGCCCUCUUUCGUUUCAUAUUGUCUACACCAA